AUGCCCAUGCCUGACUGUAGUCUCUCUUCCUAGAAACCCCAGCUGGUGGCCAGCAACGACCGUUUCUGCCGCUUUCUCGAGGAAUAUUGCCCUGUUGUGACAGAAACUUACUAUCCCACGAUUUGGUGCUGGGAAGGUCGGGUGCAGACACUCCUGCGUCCCUUUAUCACCUCUAGACCCCAAGUACAGUACAGGAAUGAGCUCAUUAAAACAGCAGAUGGAGGACAGAUUUCGCUGGAUUGGUUUGAUAAUAAUGACAGCUUAUAUUAUCCGGAUGCCAGCACAAGACCCACCGUCCUGUUAUUGCCUGGUCUGACAGGAACGAGCAAGGAAUCCUACAUUCUUCAUAUGAUCCAUCAGAGCGAAACGCUGGGAUAUAGGUGCGUGGUUUUUAACAAUCGUGGAAUUGCUGGUGAGGAUCUUUUGACACCAAGGACUUACUGUGCAGCUAACACAGAGGAUUUAGAGGCUGUUAUUCAUCACGUGCACAGCCUGCAUCCCUCAGCUCCGUUCAUGGCAGCCGGUGUUUCUAUGGGAGGCAUGCUUCUUUUAAAUUACCUGGGCAAAACUGGCAGAGACACUCCUUUAAUGGCAGCUGCAAUUUUCUCUGCGGGUUGGAAUGUUUUUGAAUCUGUAGAAUCUCUGGAGAAGCCACUAAACUGGCUUCUUUUCAACUAUUACUUGACUACUUGUCUACAAUCCUCUAUCAGCAGGCAUCGACAAAUGCUGGAGAAAUUAUUUGAUAUGGAUCUUGUCAUGAAGGCUAGAACGGUUAGAGAAUUUGAUAAGCAGUUCACUUCAGUCAUGUUUGGCUACCCUACAAUUGAUGAUUACUAUGAAGAUGCUAGCCCAUGUCGCAAGCUGAAGUCAGUAGGAAUUCCGGUGUUAUGUCUGAAUUCUGUGGAUGAUGUUUUCUCACCAGGUCAUGCUAUUCCGGUAGAAACUGCCAAGCAAAACGCAAACGUUGCUUUGGUUCUGACUUCGUGCGGCGGCCAUAUCGGUUUUCUGGAAGGAAUCUGGCCAAGGAAGUGCACUUACAUGGACAGAGUCUUCAAGCAGUUUGUGCAAGCUGUGUUUGAGCAUGGAAACAAAAUCUUUAGCAUGUAGCUUUGGAACAGUAUUGUAGCACAGCGGCACAUUCUGACAAUGGCAGUUAAGCUUAAUGCACAGAUUUUAACUCCUGUAAGCCAGCAAAUGGAUAAAGUCCAUUACUACAUGCAAAAAUAUUUUUUGCCUAAGAUUUUGUAGCAAGAAACUAAAUAUUAUGUUGUCACUUUUAUAUUUAUUUUUAAUAUGCCUUACUAAGAAUGACCUUAAAUGAAACAGCAUUCUGCCUACAUCGAAUUGCACUUAACCAAAACCAUCAAGUAAACAGAUUGUAAUUCCUCAGGAUUUUAAUUUAAACCAGUACAUAGUUGGGAGACUUAAUUUAGAUGGCUUUUAAUAUUAGGAUGGCAACACUCAAAGUAGCAGAUAUUACCCUGUAAGUACAAGCUGGCCCAUUCUUUAG